GAGGUUUGCCGCAUCAUGUGAGGGGCAGAUGAAUUGAGGCGUGCCGUAACGAGGUCUCACACAGCCGCUGCUGUGGAAUGUGUCCAGUUUCGAAAUCGCAGGCGCCAGUGGCCCGUACAGAGGUUUGUGUAAUGAUAUAAGAGAUAUGAAUGUACAAUAGUGGAAGUAGCGGCGAAGAUUUCGGCGGUAAAGCAACAUGCGCGGCCAUUCUGACCGCUUUGGUUAUCGAUCAUACUAUUCUCUUCUCUCGUAUCAUCAGCCGAGCAUAACAUACACAUAAUCUGUUCUUCCUUCGAACAUUGCAAUAAAUUCGCAUCAUACAGCCCAUCAAGACCAACAAAUCACGAGAUCUCAUAAAUACAGAGAAUGAGCGAAAACCCGGAGCGCGCCCAACUCCGCGAACACUUCCUCGAUAAGCCAUUCGAGCAGCACGCUAAAGGGUGGGAUGACCUGUGGAAGAAGAGCUUCACCCCGUGGGAUCGUGAUAAACCAAGCCCAGCGCUUGUUGAUACAUUGAAUCAGAAGGGAGAUAUCCUUGGUGGGGCGCUGAUGCAGAAUGGCGAACAGUCUCAGCAGAAAUCUCGCAAGCGCGCUUUCGUGCCGGGUUGCGGGCGUGGGUACGACGUUCUUCUGCUGGCAUCGUACGGAUAUGAUGCGUACGGACUAGAUGUGUCGGAGACCGCACUCGAGAAGGCGAACCAGCUCGUCAAUGACCCGAGCCUGGUAACGACAUAUCCAGUGCGUGAUGGUGAUGUCGGCCGGGGCUCCUCUAAGUUCGUCAAAGCCGACUUCUUUGCCGACGGCUUCCUCUCUGAGACGGGUGGUGGUUCGUUUGACCUGAUCUAUGAUUACACCUUCCUCUGCGCGCUGCCUCUCGACAUGCGGCCGCGCUGGGCCAAGCGUAUGUCUGAGCUCUUAUCACCCGAAGGACACCUUGUAUGCCUCGAGUUUCCUCUGGGCAAGGCGCUGAGUACGGGAGGUCCACCGCAUGGUGUUCAGCGUGAACUGUACGAGCAGCUUCUUCAUCAUCCAGGACGGGAAGUGUCAUACGACCAGAGCGGCAAUGUCAGCGAGGAUAAAAGCGACGACAAGGCGACCGACGCUUUGGUCCGAGUAGAUCGAUGGAUGGCCGAACGGACGCAUGCGAUCGGCCAAGGCAAAGACCAUGUUUCUAUCUGGCGACACGUCGAAGUCCGAUAGCAUUAGAGCGGUCGCCUAGCGGAGCGGGAAGCCGUGGAA